AAUUUCGGGGUUUUGGCCAGAUACUCCAAAAAAUUAGAUUUUCUUCUUCUCUUCUCUCUUCUUCCACCCGCAGCCAAACACCCUCACCCCAAAUCCUCCAUUCUUGAUUACCCACUCCAAUCUUCCACCCAAAUCUUUCAAUUUAAGCUAAAAGGAACGAGAUUAAUUGUCUCCUCUGUGCUUCUGUAUUGUCGCAUUUUUGCAGAGGGAUUGCCAGAAAGCAACCAUGGAUGUUGAUUCGCAGCCAGGUAUGGAGGAAACAAUUUUGGUUGGUGAUGAUCUAAUGAUGGGUCCUCCAUCACCAAUAGUACCACCAGAAAUAGCCUCCCAUGUGCUUCAAGGUGUUGAUCUUUGUGAUGGAAUUCUCAGGAAUCUAUUUUUGUGUUUGCAAAUCAAUGACAUUGAACCAUUUUGUCAAGAUGAGAUUGCUCUAUAUAAACAAUGUGCCGAAAGAAGGGAUAAGGAGAUAAGGAAGCGGCUUCAAGAUAGUGAAUUCAAAUUGGGUUCGUCAAUGCCUUUAGAUGCAGCCAAGGAGAGGUCUGCUCAGCUUGAGGCAGAAGUUACAUCAUUGGAGAGGCGCUUGAUUCUUGCUAGUGGAGUUCAGGGCAUUGAAGGUUUCCGCACAAGAUGGAGCUUGCAUGGCCGCCUUACUGAUUCCAAAAAAAGAUUGGAGUCCUUAAAGAAAGGCAUGGAUGGAAGAAAAAGAUGAAUCCUUUGGGGAAUCAAAUACUCUAUGUUCCCCUCCCAAUUUAAAUUACAGAAAUUAAUUUAUACCAGAGUUAGGUUCUUGAAUCUUGAGGGGAGGGUUGAACCUUCAUCAGGUGGCUGCACAUUGCCAUGUUGGUAAUGACUAAUGACAAUGAAGAUAACAUUUUGACAUUUAAAAGUAGAGAAAUCAAUAAUUAGAUAACCGUAAUAAAAUAUUUACUAUAGAAAGGUGAAAAGUAUGUUAUUAUUGAGAGUUAAACCUAUGCAACAGCACGAUCAUAAAUUAUAAGCAACCAAAAUUAGCCAA